UACAGUAAAGACCCACCCCACAGGCUCCACGGAACUUGACCACCCGGCCGAAUUGUUUGUGCCAAGUGCAAUAGUAAGAGCCUGGGGAGUUGUAGAACAGGUUCCACUCUUCACCCCACAGGAAAGAUGACGAAGGAGGACCGGGUACAUGCCGGAGGAGAGCCCAGGAAGAGAGGAGGUGGAGAGCGAAGUGUCCCACAACAAACAACGCGUAGGCACAUGCAGCUAGGGCAAUGUUGCCCGCAACGGAUUGCGCAGGGAGGGCUACGUGGUCCAAAAGCAUCGAGGGAGGGGAAUGGUGGAUGUAUAAGAUACGGCCUCGGCUGUUAAAUGGACUGUAUGUAUUGCCCAGAAGCCGGUCAGGAGUUUCUAUAGAUUCGGCGGCGGCUUCUUGUCGUAUCCGUCUUCGUCGUGGACAUUCAACAGUCGGCACUCCCGAAAAAGAACGUCUUGGUCCGGACUGAAUUAAGCUUUUAGGGCUCGUACACGGGCACCCAGUAAGUGUAGUCGCCGGGGGCAACUUGGUGACCGCAUCCGGUUAUCCUCGUUCAGCGGAGUGGAUCCUAUCAAACUAAGCAUCUCAAGGACGAGGAACGCAGCUUGCGGAUGGCUUAACACAUCUCCAGGACACGAAAAGCGGGCUCGGAACCGCACACGGAGAAGUCGUGGGUUUGACAAGGAAGCCAGCCUUCGCCCAUCGCUUCGAGCCAGCCUUAUGACGAGCUCUAUAAUGGGAUAUCGAGCACAUGGAGCUCGGGUCUCGUUCGCUCAGGUGCCGGCGUGCACCACGCGCGCGUAGUGACGACAUGAGAUGCCCAGGAUACGAGAAGAUCCGUUCGAAGCUGUUGACAGAAACAUUCGGCGCAAUCUUCACCGGCAUAGUACGAAGCGCCGCAUUCGUCAAACCUCGACAGCAGACUUGGUCCGCUUUCAAGGUCAAACAGUCGAAGCAGAUCCCCUGGGCCCACGCGCAUCUGACGGAAUGAGAAAAGAUCCAGAGAGCCAGGACGUGCAGAGGAAGCAAGAGGUGUCCUAGCCCAUCAAGUUAGGAUCACACUCAUUUAUGCUUGAUUCUGUACCGGAUUUAGAUUUGUUCCCACUUCGAACUCACACCGUCGUCAAGUCUGAUAAUUGUGGAAGCUUGCCAGGAGAAAGGAACCGUGUGGCUGUGCGCAAUCACCCAUCAAAAAUCUCCCCAGCCUACGUUAGGCCUACGUGUCGUAAAUUCAGUAUCCUGCGUCUGCGGGUUGACUCUGCAUGUCACGAAGAAACAUCUCAAAGCCGCUUAAGGAAGAGCGCAUGCAAAACGAUUCUCACGCUGUAUCUUCGUCCUUCAGCAACAUCACCGUGUCACCGCGGACGCCUAGACAUAGAAUGGACGAGGAUGGAGAAGACGGAGUUGAGAUGGGCUUGCUGGGAGAUGAUGAACGGCGUCAGGCAGCCGCGGGACUAGAUUGCGAGCAAGUGGACCACGGCACGACAAACCACAAAAUGUCGAACGAGGACAAGAGGGCGAUGGUGUUGCUCUGUGUUUUAUACCUUAUUCAAGGUGUUCCACUCGGACUUGCCCUCGGCUCCAUUCCGUUUAUCCUCAGGGACCAGCUAUCGUAUUCUCAAUUGGCCACCUUCGCGUUGUCCAGUUACCCAUACUCUCUGAAGCUUUUGUGGUCACCCAUCGUCGACUCUGUCUUUUUCGCGUCCAUCGGUCGCCGCAAAUCAUGGAUUAUACCAAUGCAGAUCAUCAUUGGCACCCUCAUGAUAUACCUAUCCCUCAACGUGCAGGUUCUCAUGGACGACGCCAAGCACCACGUCAACAAGCUGACAUUCCUUUUCACGUCGCUCGUUUUCUUCUCCGCAACGCAAGGCACGUUCAUCUCAUUCUCUUGCCACCUGGUCAAUCUGCUGACAAUCUCUGCGUUAGAUAUCGCUGUCGAUGGCUGGGCUCUAACGCUCCUCUCGCAAGACUCUCUCUCAUACGCAUCUACUUGUCAAACCAUUGGCCUCAACACGGGGUUCUUUGCCUCCUUCACCGUCUUCCUGGCCUUCAACAGCGUCGAGUUCACCUCGAAAUGGGGUGUACCUCAUCUUACGCUCGGGGCAUACCUCAAGUUCUGGUGUGUAAUGUCGUAUGCUGUUAGUUUCUGGUUGCUCUUCUUCCAAAAAGAGAAGAAGGAAGCUCUCAGUGAGGUCGAUCUCAGCAUCACCGCUGUCUACAAACAGAUCUGGGCUAUCUGCAAGCUGAGGCAUAUUCAACUGCUCAUCAUCGUCCAUCUUUUUGCCAAGCUCGGGUUUGCCGCCAAUGAAGCGGCAACAUCCUUGAAGAUGGUGGAAAAGGGCUUUUUGCGCGAAGAUUUGGCGCUGGCUGUGCUCAUUGACUUCCCCUUCCAAAUUGCGGGAGGAUGGCUUGCUGCGAAGUGGUCGCGAGGAAACUAUCCAUUGCGGCCGUGGUUGAUUGCAUUCUGGCCACGAAUGGCAUUUGUCAUGAUGGCGACAUUAAUUGUGUACUACUUCCCCAAGCCGCCGAUCACGACGACAUUCUUCGCCUUCUUGAUCCUGCACACUGUACUGUCGUCCUUCGCAUCGACCGUACAAUUUGUUGGCAUCUCCGCAUUCCACACACGGAUCUCCGAUCCUCUGAUUGGUGGAACGUACAUGACGUUACUGAACACAUUCACGAACAUGGGUGGCACUUGGCCCAAGUGGUUCGUCCUCAAGGGUGUUGAUUACUUCACUGCUGCUAGCUGUAAAGCCGCGGACGGAAGCUUGAUUGCGAAAGUGCACUCAAUGCAAUCCUCUAUGCAAUUUGGCCCCGAGUGGAUGCGCGCCAAACCCGCCAAACCUCAAGGCCCUUCGCCACCCCCCGCUACCACGACAGGCCACACAGCCGGCGCGUCGUCGCAUCUGACGCUCGCGUCAUCCGCACCUACCGAACGUGAUGAAGGCGCUCAUCCCCUCCGGUAUUCCCGGGAGGAGAUGCUCAAGAUCUAUCGUGACGGUGGAGGUAAAGGUGGAUUAGGACUGGAGGUCGAGCGGCACGAGGGGGGUGUCCGGGAAUCCGUCAGCGAUCCGGUGGGGCUGGGAGACACAGGAGAUAACGAAAAGAGGCUGUUUGGCGGCUCCAUGAGCUCCGAGAUGCGGCGCAAGCAGUCUUUGGACCCCUUGCUAACCUCAAGCCCGGCUGGAGAGCGCCCGAGACUCACUCAUAGCUCCUCCAUGUCGGGCACAGGCAGUCCCUUGCGAGAGCGAUUCGGCGGGUUGAUGCGCCGUCGGGAGAGCUCAGAUCAACUCUCGGCUACGACGCCCCGGAAACUCUCUCUGUCCGGCAUGCAGGCGCCUGGAUCACCUCGCGACGGGGCCCUCCCUUCACCUCGCACGCGGAUCGGCCAUACGCCCACUUUCGACGGUGUCCUCAGUAGUAGCGAGUCCUGGAUGGCUCGACGUCGGGCCUCGGAAGCGAAACCGCUGCCUCCGCGAGAUCCCGACUCCCACGAAACACGAGGCAUCGAAAUCAAAGAAGAGGACGAGGAUACGAGUCAUGAUGCGGACGGUGGCACCCAACUCAAAACGAGUGCCCUGAAAGCACCCCAGGCGAUAGCUACCAAUCCAUCCCCUCCAGCGACAUCGAAAGUCGAUGAUGUGUCGACGUACUCACCUGUCACUCAAAACGGGACAGAUAUGCCUUCCAACCCAGUGCAUAAUGGGCCUCCUCCAGGCAUCAUCGACCCGGCCUCGAUUGAUUGGUCCUAUCUGGACCCGCAAGGCCAACUUCAAGGCCCGUUUCAAGCCACCAUCAUGCAAAAAUGGUACGACGAAGGGUACUUCACGUCUGACCUUUUGAUGAAACGAACACAUCAUGAAUCAGAGUGGACCCCCGUGGGCCAACUAGCUGAGAUCGCUCGUCUGAAUGGUAUCGACCGGCUGUUCUUGGCGCCACUGCGCCCUGCUGCUGCUCUGAACAUCCAGACGGAACAGCCCGCGCCACUGCAGCCUGCACCGUUGCGGACACUGCGCAGCUCCACUCUGGACUCCUUCGUCGGCGGAGGCUCUAAUCCCACUGACUCGCCGGCUUCCUCGUUUGGCGGUCGCUUCCACGAUGAUUCGCCCGACCGGGGUGUCCAACAGUAUGCUCCCGACCACAACCGUUUCGGGGAUCCGCAGACUCUGCGGAGAAACACUUUUGGAGAACCGAUCCACGAUCCCAUUCCUGUGUCGCGCUUCGGAGGUGGUCUGGGUGACAUCUAUUCAAACCGAUCGUUCAGCCCUGCUCAGGGACCUUGGCAAGUGCCGACUGCGAACAACAACCUUUUCGGCCACGGGCAGGGUUUCGCAGAGCUUCCAUCGGCGUCGAACGGGUUCCAUGACUAUCUCGGUGGACCAUCCUACGUUUCUGGGCAACAAUUCUCACAUCUGAAUGGAGCUCCACAAGCUGGUAACGGAAUCUAUGGUCAAAGUCCGAACUUGAAGAGCAUGCUACCAGCAGCACAUAAUGUCCCCAGCCAGUCUCCGUGGGGUGCUGUCAAUGAGGGGUAUCCUGUCCGCCGUCCUGACCCAAUCCCCGCUGCUCCAAACGGGCAAAUCCACAGUCCCAUUGUUCAGGCCUCGCCGUGGAGUGCACCGCUCGCUGCCGCUCCUUCUGUCUCAACAACUAACAACGACAUCUCGCCUUGGUUUGGGGUGGCACAGGGUGUCAUCGAGGACAGUAGUUGGAAGGAGGAGCUCGUUCACGAUCUCACCGUGAGCAACCUUGGCCAUCACAACCAACAAUACGCGGAUAGCCCGAUAGAGACGGCCAAAGCCCCGGAUCCCAUUCCCGUUGCACCUGAGCCUGCCGUAGCUGUGCCUCAGGUUGAGCCUGUUCCCGUCCAGCCUGCAGUCCAACCGGCCAAAGCUCGGACGAAAUCUAUCAUCCAACCGCCAAUUGCCGGUAUCCCUGCUCAGCCAGCCAUACAGCGCGUGGAAGUCGUUGAUGUUUCUGCUGCUGUUGCGGCUGCGGCUGCGGCUUCUCCCGUUCCCACUACCAAGCCCGCAUGGGCCAAGGAGGAGGACGCGAAACGACCAUCGGGCAUCACGUUGACUGCUGCGGCAAGACGUGCUUACGCCGAAAGCACCAGCAAGGCCCCUCCGCCUGUCGCUGCUGGUGGUGCUUGGACCACAGUCGGAGCGAAGGCCCCCACAACUCCAGUUGUCGUUGCGACUCGGCCCGCUGCUGUAGUUGUGCCCGUUGCUGCAGCGUCGGCUCCCCGAGCUAAUGGCAUUCCUGCUUCUCGACCAGCACCUGUACCUGUCAAAGCUGCCGCGCCACGUGAGGAUUAUCCGGCGAAUCCUUCGGUUGAAUUCUUGAAAUGGCUUGGCGAUUCGCUGAAGGGCCUCAACAACUCGGUCAACAUUGAAGACACCAUGACCAUGCUACUGACAUUUCCACUCGAUCCUGAUCCAUCUACGGUCGAAAUUAUCUCUGAUCUCAUCUACUCAAGCAGCACCACUCUCGAUGGUCGGCGGUUUGCUUCUGAAUUCGUUAGCCGACGAAAAGCGGAUGCAGUUGCCCGUCCAAAGGGUGUGAUCGGUGCUGGCAGCGCGAGCAAAGCAGUGUCGAUUGCGGAUGUCGUCAAAGCGCAGCCCAAACCAUCCGCAUCCUCUGAAUGGGGCGGCUUCAAGGUCGUCAACAAGAAAAAGAAGGGCUCCACCUCCUUCCUUCAACCGUUUGACCAUCCUAUCAACAACUCCACGUUCUUUACCCUCCCCCACACUCUCCCUCCCCCUCCACUCAUUCUAUACCAUCUCGACAUCGCCAUGCAGCAUCCUCGCUUGCACCACCGCCGCCAGAAUAUCCUGUCUAUUUUUGAACCGAAAACGACGACGGCAGUACCGAGCGCCGCGCUACCGGCAGCGAGUGCUGCGCCAGCAUCUGCCAGUGCAUCCGCUGCUGCUGUUUCCGUUGCUGCAUCGGCGCCUGCUUCGAGUGCGACUCCUACGGAUCCUCUCGCUGGGUUAACUUCCGCGAUUGGUUCUUUAUUCUCCCAGCCCACGACCUCCAGCUCAUCGAGCUCGUCCAGCUCGUCGAUUUCGACGCCCGCAGCCGCAGCCACGCCUACUCCUGUCACGCCUGUGCAGCAUUCGACUUCCACGGCGACAUUGGACCCGUUGACUGUGACUGCUACGUCGGUCUUUUCAAAGACCGCGAUUCAGAGCUCAUCCUCCGCUUCGGCCUCUCCUUCGGCGACCGCACCUCCGACCCAGUCAGCUGCCAUCUCAAAGACGGGUAUCAUCAUCGCUGGAGUGCUCAUUGGUGUGAUUUCGUUGACGUUAUUCGUGGGCUUUAUAAUGCGUCGCUGGAACCGCCGUCGUGCCCGUGCUAGGGAGUCCAUUUACUUCCCUUCAGAAGAGUUCGCCCGGCCCAGUAUGCCAGCUGCAGGUGCCGAUCGCGCCUCGAUCGCCAGCGAGCUCAGGUACGAGGAUGCCAAAAGUCCCUACGAAUUCGACCAUUCUGCUGCGGCCGCACCGCUCACCGCACCGUCCAUCUACCACCCCGAGUCGCCUGCCCCAGACUUCGGCGGUCAACAGAUGUUUUCUCCGCCACCGCAAGCGCCUCCGCGCACGUUCACCCCGCAGCCCCAGCCGAACGGAUUUCCUUCCGCUGCCCAGCAUGUUCAGAUGACGUAUCACGACCAGCAGCAGCCGUACCAGCCAUACCCUCCUCCGUCUCACGACGCCUACGGUGGAAUAACAUCCGCCGGCCAGGCCUCCGCUCCAGCUGCUGAAAUCAAGAAAGGUGCGUGCGGAGACAAAGUUUCUGAACAAGCCAUGGCGAACUCAUACGACGUGCUCGUUGUUGGCGCCGGUGUCGCUGGUUGUGCUAUAGCGCAGGCCCUUGCUACCUCCCCACGGGAGAAGCCUUUGCGCAUUGCCGUACUCGAACGGUCUCUGGAGGAGCCUGACAGGAUUGUGGGCGAGCUGAUGCAGCCCGGAGGUGUGUCUGCACUCCAGAAGCUCGGCUUGCAGGGCGUGCUGGAGGGCAUCGAUGCCGCUCGGGUCUUGGGCUACUGUGUUUCUAAUGCAGGGAAACUUGUGCACAUACCGUACCCCGGGGGACGCCAGGGACGCGCUUUCCAUCAUGGCCGUCUCAUUAUGAACCUCCGGGCGGCGGCACGUCGGGCUCCGGGUGUGGAGCUCAUUGAAGCAACUGUGGCCGAACUCAUUGAAGACAACUCUUCUGCUCGACGGGUCAUUGGCGUCAAGGCUUCAGUGAAGGGGGAGGAGGAAAAGCGCUCGUUCCAUGCCAGCCUGGUCGUCAUUGCUGACGGCUGCUACUCCAACUUUCGUUCCGCCGUUCUGGGCUCGGCCGUCAAACCAAUCACGAAAAGUCACUUCGUUGGCGCUAUCCUCGAGGAUGCGGUCCUUCCGAUGCCUGACCAUGGAACUGUUGCACUUGUGCAAGGCGCUGGCCCUGUGCUGCUCUACCGGAUCUCCGAGCACGACACACGUAUCCUCAUUGACGUCAGGCAACCCAUUCCGGCCGAUCUCAAGACUUACAUUACGACGAACAUUCUUCCGCAACUCCCAGCUUCCGUGCAGAACCCGUUGAAAGCGACCCUCGACAAGGACCGCCUCCGCCGUAUGCCGAAUUCCUGGCUUCCAUCCCGACCUCAGGGACGCGCGUCACCCAAGCCGGGAGUCUUGCUAAUUGGGGACUCGUGGAACAUGCGACAUCCCUUGACUGGUGGAGGGAUGACGGUUGCCUUGAAUGACAUUGUGGCGCUGCAGCCGCUGUUGGCCGACAUUCCCGAUCUGCGGGAUUGGAAGAAAGUGCAGAAGGCGCUGGAUCGAUGGUUUUUGGAGAGGAAAGCUCUGGCCUCGACAGUGAAUAUUCUGAGUGUUGCACUAUACGACUUGUUUGGCGCUGAAGCUCCCGAGCUGGAGGUCCUUCGAACGGGUUGCUUCAAGUACUUUGAGCGAGGGGGUGAAUGCGUGAAUGGACCGGUGUCUCUGCUGUCAGCGAUCGCUCCGUCUACUUCUCUUCUUGCCUACCAUUUCUUCUCCGUGGCUUUCUACUCGAUAUGGGUGAUGUUCACCCACCCGAGAGUGAUUCCUAAUCCAGCGGGCGGAAAGCCGACGACCGCAACACCGCGCAUUGACGAAUAUCCAUUUUUGGUUCUGAAGAGCAUCCGUGUGUUCUAUACGGCCUGUGUCGUCUUCGGGCCUCCGCUGUGGGACGAGAUCAUCUUACAUGCCAUGCCAGGGCGUGUUACUAGCUCGCCUAUUCUUGUUUCCGAUGAUGAAGACGAAUAUUCUACCCGUACGCAAAUGGCAGUGCCCAUCGCUAAACCCAGGGCAUCUAUAAAUCAACCCGGUGGUUCAGACAUGCAAAAAACCAGCAACGCGUUAAAAAAACGGAAAAGAGAAGACUUAGGAGUCACAGCCGUGGCGAUGGCUGGUCCCAGUCAUAGUGGUCCGGUCCCCAUCCACUUCGAGUCGAAGAAGAGUCGGAAGCGGAGAAGAAAGAUGGAGCGCGAAGAACAAGCUCGACAAGCGCAUGUCAUGUCUCAGUCCUUCGCCAUGCACCCCUUCUUGCCGGCGCCGGGUAUGUGGGCACCGCCCCCGUCGGCCUUGCCUCCGUUCCAGCUUCCCCUUCCGCCGUUGUUUCCGCCUCCUCCUUUCAUGUUCCCUGAGCAGGCAGUCUUCAACCACUCUGCACCGCCGAUGGCCAUCCCGAUGCCUGUUCCUCCACCGUUUCAUCCGCCGUCAAUAUACAAUCCUCUCUCCGUCGGGCCGUCGUCUAAUCCGUACGAUCAACAAGAGGAGCCCUCGGCUUGGGUUGCCUCUAUGACUGCAGCUGGUGAUGCUGACUAUUGGGGGCCUUACGAUUCCUUUCCUACCUCGGAUACUCCUACCCCAUUGCUAGCUCCUCCACCUCCUCCCCCAGCCAUAGCCCCGCCCCCGCCCCCGCCUGCGAAAGCCGCGUCUCCGCCACAACCUCCUCCCCCUCCCCCUCUGCCAGCACCGCAACCUCCAGCUCCUCUCGCUAGGCCGGUCCAAGUGCUCACCAAGAAGCCUGUCUCCACCAUCAUCGGAAUGCAUCCGGAUCAAGACAAACACAGUAAACACGGAACAUUUGCCUACUCCCCCCAAACUAUCACAUCUGGCCCAGGCCAGCACAGCGACAAGUACAUUCCGAAUCCCGCGCGCACGAUCGUCAUGGAGCAGCUACCAAAGACGUGCCGGAACCGUGAUUUCAUCAAGACAUGGAGCAAUUCCGCCGCUGGGGCGUUGCCUGUCUAUUUCGCCAUCGAUCCAUCAUCGGCCAAGGCACUGAUCGAAUUCACGACGGCUGAAUUAGCCCGCAAGGCCUGGGGCAGUCCGAAGCUUGCAGGCGGCUCGGGCCCUCCGGUCAAGGGCAAGCCGAGAGAGGAUCUGAUCCGAGUCUGGUGGUAUCGUGUCCCUGGAGUGGGUGCUAAUGCUGGUGUCGGCGAGCUCGAGGAGGGUGAGAUCGAGGGCGACGACAUGGAAGUUCCCAGCGCCCCGCCUCCUGUCGUGGCAGAGAAAAAAGAGACCAAGAAAGAGAGGAAGGCGAGACUGGCUAAAGAGAGAGAGGCCAAGAAGAAGAUGCAAGAGGCGAACACCUUACUCGAGGCUUCUAUGUCGUGGUCGCAAGUCAGCUCUACUAACGAAGCCGGUCCUUCGACUUUGGCCUCCGCAAACACAGUCGAGAAAGACACCGACAUCGACAUGGAUAUCGCCGCACCGUAUCUGCCUCCACCGCCGAACACUGGCGAGACGGACAUGGACAUCGCGACCACCCCCGUUUCUCCGGUUGCCCCUUCGGUCGUCUACGAACUGCCUAUGCGCCCUUUCGUUCAACCCGUUUGGAACGAAGCUCCAGUUGAGCCACGAGCGAUGAAAAAUGCACCUACAGCGCCGAGCUUCACAAAACGGUCUCUUCUUGCCCGACAGAAGGAACUUGAGGAGCGCAUCGCCAAAGGAAAGCUCGAAUUGGAGAUGAAGGGCGUUCAAGCUGAGGCGCCUCCUGCUGCCAGUCCAGUGAUUCCGUCCACGAUCUCCUCCCGGAGUUCGACUCCGGCAGCUAGUGAAGACGUCGUCAUCAAUGCAGCUGCGAUGGAAGACAAUCUGCGUCAGCUUGUUUUGAAGAGCCAGCGGAAUAAGGCCAAGGUUAGCGCAGUCAAGGUUGAACCCACAGUUCUUGUCGUUCCUCCUGUUGUUUCCCUUCCGGCUGUCAACACACCAACAAAUAACCUGGCCGUGCUGUCGCUGGACGAUCUCGCCGCGUCUUUUAUCACGGAGACUAUCCAAAUGAUGCCCAGUUCCAUCAUCACCCAACCUGCGGCAUCAGCUCCUGUUUGCAACGAAAGCAGUCGGGUCAAGGAGGAGCUUUCGGCAAAGCAGCGGCGUUUGGAGGCCCAGAUUGCUGAAAGCAAGCAGUUGAUGGAGCAGUUGACAUCGGCGAAGACGAAACAAGACAGGGAUCGAAUUCUAGCAGUGAUCAAAGCGAAGAGUCGGUCGAUGGAUGAAGAAUUGGAACCGAAGUCCAACAUAUCGCCACCGCCGGCACCAACUGUUGUCAUCAAGGCCCGUGCCCUGCAAGACUCGGAAAUGAUCGUCGACCUGCCACUUUUCCAGUCCAAGUGGCCAGACACGCGGAAUGCGCCAUGCGUGUUGAUUUUGAGCGACGACGAGGACGACGAGGACGACAGUCAUCAUGACGAAGGGGGUAUUGUAUAUCUGGCCAAAUUGCGACCUGGGACACUACUCAAACUCGCCCAGGAAUGCCGCUGUGGGCAUUUCUUCUCCAGUAUCUCUGAGCAGCAUUCCAAGAAAGAAGAGAGGACGGAUGUUAUGCAUUCCUCUCCUCGAAUUCUUUCUUGGAAGGCGCGAUCAUGGCAAGACACAGGGAGUAUGACCAUGCUCGCGGAAGGAAGCAGCCUCCAAGACCAGUCGAACGUACUCGCGAAAAUCGCACGGACACAGUCGAAUGGGUCGAUGUGUCUCGAGCGGGAGGCGCACAUCUUGGGGCGCCUUUCUGGAACGUCGGACGGGGCCUCGCACGCUCUGCGCAUCAUCGAAUUCUUCACCGUCCCCCGAGACAGCGGCGACGUUGUUUGCCUGCUUCUGGGACACCCGGGACUCAACUUGCUCGGCCGGUACCUCCCGCCGACGAAAAUCAACGACCUGCUGCUGCCCGACUUAUCGCGUGUGCGACCGCUGUCGAACCAUGGCAUGCACAGCGACGCGUUUCUGAUGGAUAUCGAGGAGCCGAAUUUGCUGGAUGAGGUUGGGGGGUUUGAUAUCAUGGACCUGGCGUCGUUUCUUGAGUUUGCUAUCCAAGCGACCCACUGCCUGGAGUCCAUGCAUCGUGCGGGCGUGGUCCAUCGCGAAGUCCGAGCCAACGCUUUCCAUCUCAACUCGCACUCUGGGCUAGUUCGCUUCGUUCACUUUGGGAAUCGCGCCAUCUCCCUCGAGAGUUUUGGAUCCCCGUCUUCCCUCGUGCUCCGCGCCUUUGACGAGCUCGAGAAGGUCAAGGUGAAGGAAGCACUGUGUUAUUUGGCGCCGGAGCAGACCGGAAGCAUCGAGACGAUGACACAAGAUCAUAGGACCGACCUUUAUUCCCUGGGUAUAUUAUUCUGGACACUGCUUGUGGGGAGAGGACAGAUGCCCUUUGAGGGUGGUCCUAUCGAGCUCUUGCACUCGAUCGUGCAGAAACGACCUAUGCCUGUUCAUGAAGUUCGGCGCGAUGUGCCGCAAGUGCUCGCCUCGAUCGUGGACAAGCUGCUUGUAAAAAGUCCGGAUGGAAGAUAUCAGAGUGCUUGGGGUUUAAAGGAAGAUCUGCUGGAAUGUCAGAGACGGUUGCUUGCCACUGUCUCUUCUACUUCUGAACAAUCUUCUGAGUUGAUUCCGCCAUUCGAAAUCACACUUCGGGAUCGAUUCAUGGAUUUCACGAUGCCACUGACUCUGUUUGGUCGGGAAAAAGAGCUAGAGAUCGUGAGGAACGUCAUCCGAAACUGCACGGCAAGCUUUUCGAUGGACAUCAUGCCGUCAUCCAGCACAGCGGGGACAUAUCGCUCCGGGUCCAGUGCCUCCGUCGCCGACGUCUCAGACGAGCCAAUCCAAGCGACGCAAGCUGAAUCGCCGCAUUCGUCAGUGCGAAGCGAAUCGCCGAUGGAUGAUGUCAUGAUGGGAUCUGGGCCGACAUCAAGCGUGACUUUGGCGGGGCCGAGUAUGAUUGGCCCUCCGUCGAGCGCGGGCUCGGUUACGACGGGCACGACAGAUACUCUAAGAAGGGUCGCGCUGAAUACCAAAUCGCGCGUAGCCCGGACGCAUGCUGUGAUCCUGAGCUGCCUCGCUGCUGUGCUACGCCAGCUGAUGGUGUUUCACACCGACCUCCAACGUUUCGUCACUGCUCUGAAAGAACACCUCGGCCCUCAGCUGCAGAAUGUCCCGCUCCUCUACCACGGCACCCCGGAGCUCAAGGAGGUUCUCGCCCUAUUCGACAUCAAGCUGGCUCAGCACAAAGAGCAUCUGAGUACCCGGGAGCUACGGACCAGAUUCCAAACGCUGGUGCUGUCCGUUUUCGCUGUGAUCGCCGAGACGAGGUUGUUUGCGCUGUUCCUGGAUGACUUGCACGAAGCCGAUGAGUCGACGCUGGAUCUAGUCGAAGCGCUCAUUAACUCUAAAUGCCGAAUCCUCAUAUUCGCCACUCUGCGCUCGGGAGAACCUGAGAUCGUCGAACGCGUGCGAUCGAUGUUCGCUGGUCGAUCACGUGCUACGUGGAUUACGCUCGACUCUUUACCGUAUUCGGCGAUCGGAUCCAUGGUCGCCAAGUCUCUCCAUCGGCCCAAGGAGGACUGCCUUCCGCUUUCACGAGUCAUUUUCGAGGCUUCCUCUGGCAAUGCAUUCUCCGCGAGGAACAUAUUGGCCACCCUGCAGAGACAGCAUCACGUUGUUUACAAUUGGGAACAUAACAGUUGGGACUUCGAUCUUGCUGCUGCUGAAGAGAGUCUGGGGAGCAAGAAGAUCUCGGACCCGACGGAUCUGUCCUUCCUGAUCUCGAACCUGAAAGAGCUCCCCGAGGAAGCCAAAAAGUACCUGAGAUGGGCAGCGAUGUUUGGCGAAGCCUUCAAUCUGACUGAGAUCGCGCGCCUGAUCGAUGGAGAGGACGCUGGUAGCGGCAGCUCCGGAGAGGAGGACGGCGAGGGCUGGCCGGUCGCUGCGCGUGCCGUUUCGAAUGUGCCCGACGCAGCUCCGAAUAUGGCGAAUGCAUCAGCCUCGAUGAGGGGGCUACAGAUGGCCAUCGAGGAAGGGUGGAUCAUCCAGAGAGCGCGUGACAUGUGUAGCUUUGCGCACGACCGGUACCGGCAGGCUGCGCAAGAGGAAGUCGCGUCGUUGUCUGAGGAUGUGGUGGCCAAGAUGUCUCUCCGGGUGCGCUUCUAUCAUUUGAUGAUGAUGAAUGAGAAUCAAGUUGUGGUCUAUCGGAUUGCAGAGCAUGCGACCCAUUGUCUGCCCUUACUCCGAGACCACGCGAAACACAACGAGUUCUUGGACAUCUUGAUUGAUGCCGGGGAGUCGGCCUGGGCCCGCGGGGCUCACGAACUCGCGCUCAAGUCGUUCCUGAACGCGCGAACACUGCUCCGCAAGAACCCGUGGGUAGUCAACCCUCGUCGGACGCUCAACCUGCUGCGGCGGCUGUCUGCCUUGACCUCAUGGCAGGGCGACUACGAAGAAUCCGAGCGCCUGAUCCAGGAGUGUCUCGACCACAGCGAGGCGCCCGAGGACCAGGGCGCGAUGCUCUGGCAACGCUCGCGCAAUAAAUGGCUCUGCAACCGGUUCUCCGACGCGCUCAAUGACACACUGCUGGCCCUCAAGAUCCUGGGCGUGGAGAUCAACACGUCGCCGUCGAGGCGGGAGGCGGACCGGCUGUUUGAUCAGGUGCAUAAUGAGAUUUUGGCCGUGGGGUUCGACGAGAUCUUGGCGACGCCGAGGACGACUGAUCCGAGGACGGAGCUGGCUGUGGCGUUGCUCAACGAUGCGGGGAUCAAUGCAUACUGGAGUCCGUCGCCGUUUGCGAUUGAGGUCAUUGGCUGCACGACGAUCCGCCUCGCACUGCGUUCAGGCAUGUCUCCGGGAACAGCUACCGGGUUUUUCUGGGCCUUGGGUGCUGCCGCUGAACGCAAAGAUCUAUAUCGUCUAUCGGUCGACCUGGCCCAGGUCGCAUUGAAGAUUGCGGAACGACAUGGCAGUAGUGCUGAUAAAUGUCGAGCACAUCAGUUGUACGGGUCCAUGGUGUCGGGAUACGACAACAUGCAUAUCCGCGCGAAUCUGGAUCGGUUCCAGCUUGCGGUACAAUACGGCCACAGUGCUGGUGAUCGGGUCGGCAGGGUAUACACGAGCUUCGCCAGCAUUCACCUGAUUUUGACGCGUCUGUUUGUCUGCGAGCAUUUGAGUGAGCUGGUCAUCGCGGCGGAGGACUCAUCUGAACUGCAUCCGGCACUGAGUGGACUGACACUGGCCACUUCGGCGGAGACGGCGUUCGACACAGCCACGUUCGUGGAGUCGGAGUACCAGCAAUACAUUCACGAGACCUCAGGCAACAUACCUCUGGCGCUGAAUUGGUACAACACUUUCAAGGUGGUGGGGUUCUAUUGUCUGGGAUUCCAGGAAGAGGCGGCCAAACUAGGUUUCGAGUUGUAUCUGACCCGGGAUAAACACCCUAAUCACCGGCACGUCCGAUACGGACUGUUCUUCCACAACUUGGCGUUGAUAGGGUGUCUUCGAGCGAGUGAGCUCUCGGAUCAAGUACGGAGGCAGUAUCUGAACCAGGUGUACUUGAACCAAAAGUACAUCUCGAGAUGGCGUUCUCCGAGUCCUGUCAACACCAGUACCUGGGUCGCGCUCAUCGACGCAGAAUUGGCUUCGCUUGCGGACAGCCCGGAUGCGUUCAAGCUGUACGACGCAGCUGUUAGACUUGCCGUGACUAACGACUGGAUCAACGAGGAAGGCUGGGCCUUGUGGCUGCAAGGCUCGCAUUUCGUUCGGCAAGGUGUUGAAGGCCUCGGGAGCGAGCUCCAGAAACGAGGGAUAUCGAGGCACGCCCAAUGGGGCGCCAAGGGAAUCGUCAACUACCUGAAUGGCGUGCUUGGCUCUGACUCGCAAGGCGCGCCUCCAAGGGCGAUGCUGUUCUGCGAUGCGGCUGUGCAGACGGACAGCAUGGCCUUGGGAGUCGGAGUGACGUCGGGUCAUUCGUACUUCUCGACCAACGCCGACGUGACUGAGCAUGCUGAGCACUCCAAGUUGACCGCCCAGGAGCUAUGGACUAUCCUUAAAUCGAGCCAGGAUAUCUCGAGUGUCAUGAAUCUGUCUUCUGCACUGCAGCGGCUGACGGAAAUUGCGACUGACAUUUCGGGGUCUCAGAGCACCUGCGUGGUGAUCGCUCGGGAAGUGGGAGACUACACACUGGCGACGAGUAUGAUCCCCCCGGAGCCAUGCCAGGUCUACGAGAACCCGCGCUCAGUGCGGACGCUGUCCGAUCCCCUGCAAAUGGCCGUGAUCGAGCAGACCCUGAACUUGAAGGAGUCGUUCUUCUGCUCGGAUGCGUCGCUGGACCCCAAGUUCACCGCGGAGGCAUCGCAGUCGCCCCACCGCUCGAUCAUCUGUCUCCCGAUCAGAUCCAACCGGGGCCAGACGUUCGGCGCGGUGUACUUUGCGUCCAAAUACGAGUUCUCGCCGAACAUCGUGACGAUGCUGACGCUGCUGUGUCAGCAGGCGAGCACGAGCGUCUCGAAUGCGCUGCUGUUCCGGAGCGUGCAGGCCGGGACGAGGGAGAAUCUGAAGAUGAUUGCGGCGCAGCGGGACGCGCUCGAGGCUGCGCGGAAGAGUCGGGAGGACGCUGAGACUGCGACCAAGAUCAAAGGCAACUUCCUUGCGUCGAUGAGCCACGAAUUGCGGACCCCGUUUUCCUCGUUCUAUGGCCUGUUGGACCUGCUCAGCGGUACAGACCUCGAUGACGGGCAAAGCGAGAUUGUACAGACUGCGAAGCAGUCUUGUGAGCUGCUGCUUAGGAUCAUCGACUCCAUCUUGGAUUAUAGUAAACUCGAGGCGUCGGCUGUGAAGUUGGAGCCUUCUGGGUUCUUGGUCGAGAGUAUCAUUGCUGACUGCAUGGAGCUGCUUCUUCCCAUGGCGGCUCAGAAGUUGGAUUUGACGUUCAACAUCGAAGCCAACGUUCCUGCUUGGGUCUACUCUGACUACGCUCGGAUACGCCAAGUUCUCAUGAACUUGAUUGGCAACGCAGUCAAGUUCACCGCCAGUGGCUCAGUCCGUGUGCUGUGCUCCGUCGACGCGAUCACGGGGCCGGACGAGGUCAAGCUCAAGUUCGCCAUCCAAGACACGGGUAUCGGGCUCUCCCUGAGCGACGUCGAGCUGCUGUUUGUCCCAUUCCAACAAGCCGACAACACGUCCACACGUCGAUUCGGCGGGACAGGGCUGGGCUUGUCGAUCUCGCGGCAGCUGGUGAAGCUCAUGGGCGGGGCGAUUGGGGUGCAUUCCGAGCUGAAUGUGGGGAGCACGUUCUGGUUCACGAUUCCUGUCAAGCUGUAUGACGCCGAGGAGUCCAGAAAGUUCUUGGGUGAUCUGGCGAUCGUCAGGUCGAUGCUGAUGCAUCCUCGACCCCUGCACAUUCUGGUCUGCUCGGCCUCCGAAUACACCCUGGCCUUCCUCAAGACCAUGUUCGAAGGGUUCCACGUGACGCUUGUGCUGAACCUCGCGAACGCGGAGAUCCGGCUGCGGGAGUUCGACCACUCGCGCGUCCCGCUCGACUUUGUGAUCCUCGACGACCAGUCGGAGACGCGGGCGGGGCAGCUAGCGACGCUCAUGCGGACGCUUUCGGUGCUGCACGAUACGAAGAUCAUCCAGAUGUACACGCCCACGACGACCAAACGCGGCGCCGGGCAGUCCAUGUUCAGCAGCAACACGCCCGGCGUGAACAAGAUGACGAAACCCCCGCGGCAGGCGAGGAUGCUCCAGCUGCUGGCCGGGCUCAAAGAUCUUCCGAACGAGAUGCCGUCUGCUGCGCAGACCCUGCAGUCGAGUGUCAGUCUCGCGAUGGAGAACAUCGCACAAGCAAGGAGGACUUUGUUUGGGAAUGUGUUGGUCGCAGAGGACAACCAGAUUGCACAGAACCUGCUCGUCAAGCAGCUGCAAAAACACGACCUCACGGUCGUUGCCACAUCGAAUGGCAACGAGGCAUUGGCGGAAUGGCAGAAACACGAGCCAGGAUACUUCAGUGUCGCACUGUUCGAUCACCAUAUGCCGAUAUGCGACGGCGUCGAGGCUGCCAAACGGCUGAGGCACCUCGAGCAAAAGCGCAAAGCCGAGAUCUCGCUACCGAUCAUCGCUCUGAGCGCUGACUGCCAAGAAUCGACGAAGCAGCUUUGUCUCAGUGCAGGGAUGAACGCGUUUUUCAGCAAGCCGUUGAAGAGGAGCGAUCUGCUAUCGCUCUUGUCGAUGUUUGGAGCGCCGCCUGCUCCUGCCUUCCAGAUCCCCAUUACCAUGGCAGACCCAGCCAACCCCCCGAGCGCAGACCAGAUCCCUCCCGGACUCCUCGCCGCACUGAGCCAACAAUCGUCGUCGUCGUCAUCGAGACCCCGCCCCGCGACGCGGCCGCUGCAGUCCUUCCCCGACGGCCUGGCCGCCGUGAGCAUGCCUGAGUCCACGUUCCUCGUCAACAAGUACGACCUGCACUGCCCCCGCGCGGAGUGCGCGAGCCUCAUCCUGCGCACGGGCGCCGCGAGGCUCGUCGAGAAACCCGGUGUCCAGAUGGAGCCUGCCGAUCGCACGCAUGAGCUGCUCCCGGCGCUGCCGGCAGCACCGGAUCUGACGUCGUGGUGGCUCGUGAGCCCUUCGCCGAUGGAGUUCGAAAACAUCGGUUUCUCCAAACCACUAGGCGCGUCGUACAGGAAUCUCUUCCCCACUUUCUCUGCUCAUGUGCUGUCCAGUGCGAUCUCGGGCCCGUCGGAUGGAGUCAAGUUGGGGGAACCGAAUUUUGGCUGGCCAGUUCGCGGGUGUCUUACAGAGCCUGAAAGCGUGUUGCGAUUGUAUGAUCAGAUAUGA